AACAUCUAGAGUGUAUGUUUUGUGACCAAAUCUCAUUUUAUAUGACCACAAACAAAAUAUCCUUACUAUUAUUUAUUACACAUUUUCAACAUUUCUCCGAUCACCGGAUUCCGGUGACCGGCGUCAACACCCUCAAAUUCCUGCAACCCCUAAACCCUAACCAAUCCUUCCUCCAUGGAUUCUCCCUCCCAAUCCAACCAACAAGAUCCCCCUCGCCCUCAAAGGAACGGUGGCGUCAUGGCUUUCGUGAUACUCCGAUGGAUUAUCGCAAUUCUAUUACCCUUCGUUUUCUUAUUCUCCAUUCCUUUUCUUCUGGGUUUGCUUCUUCUCGCCAUUUCCGAUUUCUCUGUCCCAAACCCCGUUUCUCUUCAAUCACACUGCAAAAUCGUCUCCACCGGUGUUGAUAUUAGAUCAUCUAAGAUUUGUGAACUUGGAUUGUUAAAUUAUAAAGCAAAGGAUGUUUUUCGUCAUUUUGAAAGUAGCAAAUUUCGUUGCCGUUAUGAUUACUACUGGGCUUCAGUAUUCAAGGUGGAAUACAAAGAUCACUUCUCAGGUCAGAGACAAGUUGCGUUUGCUGAGGCUCCAAGUGAAGCCCUUCCUCUUUAUUGCAGACCUAAUUUUGGUGCUGCAUGGUUGACACAGUACAAAUUUAAGGUUAAUGAGACUUAUGAUUGCUGGUACACAUCUGGCAUUUCCAAAGUACAUUUAUAUCAAGACAAUCUCUUUGGUUGCCGUGCUGAUGAGCAGUCUAUUAUUCAGAAGAUUAUACAAUAUUCUACCCAGGCCAUGGAGACGAUAAAUUAUUGGUUUUCAGAUAAGGGAAGGAGGGCCAAUUUUUGGAGGUGGGAAAUAAUACUUGGUGUCAUAUCUGGAUUCUCAACAUCUUUGAUCACCAUAACUUUUAUUAUGUUCCUCAAACAAUUUCUAUCUUCAUUACAUCGACCGUUUGCAGCAUGGAUACUUUUUUGGCGUGUCAAUGCCAUUCUCAUGAAGCGCACAUGUUUUCUUAUCGCAUACUCAUCUUUUGUGGCUUGGUUAGUUAUUGUAUAUGGGAAAAGGCUUGGCCUCGCGGAUAUUUUCAGAUUCCCAAUAUUAUAGCACUUAUUUUGGUUAAGUGCUAUGACCUUUUGGUUGAAUCCCGUGUAUUUUAAUUGGAGUAGAUGACACUAUUGUCCCAUCUACACCAAUAAGGAAGUCGUGUAUAGUUCGAGUGAAAAUGAAAAAUGUACUAAUAGUUACUGAGUUCUUGUUGUUACUUCAGAAAAAAAAAAUGCAAUCUUUUGGUUAAAAUAUUAUGUUCAUUAAUAGUGGUUUACAUAGUUGUCUUACAUCAAAUAUGUCUCUAAGUUCCCGUUACAAACGAUGACGAGUCACAAACACACUUUAAUUAA